GCCGCGGACGGACGUCUGCAGGUCUGCGUCCUCUGCGUCCUUGCGUCCUUGCGCUUUUGCCAGUUCCUGGGCUGCUUGUCUCUUGCGAGGUUCGUCUUACGCUGCAUCCUGGAGCUGGCAGACCGUCCACGAUGAGUCUGACCAAGAAUCUGCAGGAGCUGAUGAAGGCCAUGACCAGUGUCUCCGGUUUUGAUAGAGUUUUGCAAAAGGUGACUCUUGUCUCCGCAGCCCCCGGGAAGGUGACCUGUGAGCUGCGGGUGGAGGAGGAGCACACCAACAAGAUGGGCACGCUCCACGGGGGGCUGACAGCCACGCUGGUGGACAGCAUCUCGACGCUGGCGCUGCUCUGCACGGACCGCGCGCUGCCGGGCGUCAGCGUGGACAUGAACAUCACGUACAUGUCGCCUGCUAAAGCAGGAGAGGACGUGGUGAUCACAGCGCACGUCCUGAAGCAAGGAAGGACGCUGGCCUUCGCCACGGUGGACCUGACCAACAAGGCCACGGGGAAGCUGGUGGCGCAGGGCAGGCACACGAAGCACCUGGGGAGCUGAGGGCGCCGCGCGCUGGGCUGCCACCUUCCCAAUAAAGGAGCACAACCCGA